AUAUAAGCCAGCACUGGAUCCCCCUCCUCCCUCCCCGUCAUGUACACCAUUACCCGAGGACCCAGCAAGCUGACCACCCAGAGGAGAACAGGUCCCAAGCAGCAGAUUGACACUAAACUGCAGGAGCUGAAAAUCAAGCAGCAGCUGCUGAUCAACACUUCUUCCUCCAACGGCUGGGACCCCCUUCCAAGCAGUUGUACUCCCAAACUCGUCUUCAACCGGGUGAACGGCAAACACACGCCAGCGGUCAGCCCCACUACAGAGGAGGCGGAGGUCUACACCCCGGCACAUGAGGAGAACGUUCGUUUUGUAUACCAGACCUGGCAAGAGGUGCAGCAUCAGUUGGAGAAACCAGAACUUAACGGAUGUGGACCCCAACAAUAUCAAGACCAGAUUACAGAUUCCUCCCCUAAGAAUUUUGUCCCUAUUGAUCUGGAAGAGUGGUGGGCAGAACGAUUCCUGGCAAACAUCGAGAACUGUGCCUGAAGGACAGAGAUUUCCCCAGACCUCCCUUUCUUUAUUUAAAGGGGGAGAACAUGCGCAAGACUGCCUCUGCCGGUGACAUGCCGUUCACAGAUAGACUGCGGCCCGCUCUCCGUAGCGGACCACCACAAGCUGGACACCCCCACGCCGUGAAGACUCGAUGCUGACGAGAUGCCGUCUCU